AUGUCUGCAGGCGUCCGCCAUAAUGUUUCCUUCGAAACGAAUAAUAUAGUUCUUAUUGCUCUUGUAGCAAUUCGCUCUAUUCGCUAUUCAAAAUGGCGACGGUGUUGCGUUCACGGUGCGCGUUUGCGCGGCUUUUUGCUGGAAAAAAUAAAUUUUCUGACCAGCCAAUAUUCAAGUUUUGCUAAAUCACCUUUUGUUGACAAAAUAACUGAACAGUACAAUUAUGAAAUAACAAAGAAUCCCACUGAAUGGAAAUUUGUGGAACGACUUAUGCCAUUUAAGACAAUACCACAAGUUGUACCAAAAGAGAGUUAUCCUAGUGGAUGGAUACCACCAAAAGAAGAAGCCAGAAAAUUACCAUAUUUUAUACCGAGAACAAAGAAUUACGCAAUCCCAAUAUAUUUGCAACUCUCUUUCAAAGGAAAUCGCAAAAUUACUCAACUUAAGAAGAUAGAAGGUGAUAUUUGGUUGAUGAAUGAUGACAUAAAACAUCUUCUAAAAACUAAACAUAAGAGAUAUGUCGAAACACGGGUACACGAAGUAGCAAGAUUUAUAGAAAUAAAAGGUGAUUACGUAAAUGACAUGAAAGAAUGGGCGUUUUCUAAAGGUUUCUAAUUGUAGAAAUGUAGAAG